CUCACGCGCUUGGUGCUUGGUGUGUCUGUUCGAUUUGAGAGAAGUGUCCGCCUUUGUCUUUCCGAGGCCGCUCGCUAAAUACGAGCUACGCGCGAGUGUCCGGCCGGUCGGACAGUUGAACAGACUCCUCGUUGGUCAUGUGGCUCGUGCUCUUGUGAGAACCGUGGCGUGUGUUAGUUUGAUCGUACGCAAGUGUGUGUGAAUGGAACUGUUUUAAAAACGAAGAGGAACCCGGAAAAUCAAUCGCCGAGCCAAAAUGUUGAGCAGCCGGACCAAGCACACCCUGCACUGCUGCCUCUUCUUCUCGCUGAUCACCGCCUUCGAGGUCUUCACCGGCGGUGCCCGCAUCGGUGACUUCGCCGACCCAUCGGCGGGCAUCGACCCCUGGCAGCAGUAUGGCGUCCUCUGGACCAUCGUCCUCUACGGACUUCGUCUGCUCGCCCUUCUCUCUCUACCGCAGGUGCUGUUUAACUUCUUUGGCCUGACACUGUACAACGCCUUCCCUGAUGGCGUGCAGCUUAAAGGUUCGCCACUUCUGGCGCCGUUCAUCUGCGUGCGUGUGGUGACGCGUGGCGACUUCCCGCAGCUCGUGCGGCGCAACGUGCAACGCAACCUGAAGCGCUGCACCGCCGCAGGCCUCGAGAACUUUAUGAUUGAGGUGGUGUCGGACAAGCCGGUCGGUCUCGCGCCAGACCGCCGCGUGCGCGAGGUGGUCGUUCCGUCGACCUACCGCACCAAGACGGGCGCCCUCUUCAAGUCACGAGCCCUCCAGUACUGCCUCGAGGACGACGUCAACAUGCUCGGUGACAACGACUGGGUGGUUCACCUGGACGAAGAGACCCUGUUGACGGACAAUGCCGUGCGCGGCAUCCUCAACUUUGUGCUUGACGGAAAACACCCAUUUGGACAGGGUCUCAUCACCUACGCCAACGAGGACGUCGUCAACUGGGUCACCACCCUGGCCGACAGCUUCCGGGUUGCUGAUGACAUGGGCAAACUCCGCCUCCAGUUCUCCAUGUUCCACCGGCCGUUGUUCAGCUGGAAGGGGUCCUACGUCGUCACGCAGAUGUCGUGGGAGCGAAAGGUUUCGUUUGACAAUGGGCCGGACGGCUCGGUGGCCGAGGACUGCUUCUUUGCGAUGCGCGCCUUCAAAGAGGGCCUCUCGUUCAACUUCAUCGAGGGCGAGAUGUGGGAGAAGUCGCCAUUCACCCUGUGGGACUUCCUGCAGCAGCGCAAGCGUUGGAUGCAGGGCAUUCUGCUGGUUGUCCACUCGAAGGUCAUCCCGAUCCGGCACAAGCUGCUGCUGGCCGUGUCCUGCUACUCGUGGGUCACCAUGCCGCUGAGCACGUCCAACGUGAUCCUGGCCGCGCUCUUCCCCAUCCCGUGUCCACCCUUCAUGGACUUUGUGUGCGUCUUCAUUGGCGCCGUCAACAUCUACAUGUACGUGUUUGGCGUGAUGAAGUCGUUCUCGCUCUACCGCUUCGGCGCCCUCCGCUUUGUGCUCUGCAUCCUGGGCGCCCUCUGCACCAUCCCCUUCAACGUUUUCAUCGAGAACGUGGCCGUCAUCUGGGGCCUCUUCAGCCACAAGUACCGCUUCUACGUCGUUUCCAAGGAGCUGCCCGCCACAGUGACCGUCUGAACGAGAUCCUCUUUCCGAGGGCGGCAAAGUGUGGACGUUCACAAGUCGCCAACUUUCUGCCAGUUUCUGUUGACCUCCCUCUUGUUAACUAAACGUUAUAUUCCCGUGUGGACCGGUUGAAAUUUGUAAGGUCGAUUCAAUCAAGGACGCUUUUCCGCAUCCGAAUUUCAAAGUUUGUAAAAAUUAUCAAUUAAAUUUUAAUUUGGCAAGAAAAGCGUCGCACUUGCUUCAAAAUACUCUUUCACCUUUCGGCAUUGUUGAAUCCCACUGUGUCUUAUACUUACUGGCAAAGUUAAAGUUGCAGUAUUACUGUAGACUUAAUUAAUUUACAACUGCGUUAAUUUGAUGUAGCAGUGUAUAUAUUUUUUUACUUUUUUCUCGGUAAUUCGCGAUCGUUUUUUUUUUUUUUCAAA